GACCAAACCAGUCUUGUAAUUAGCUUGUGUGAAUUGAAGAAGCUAAUUAAUUAAGAAGAUGAUGGCGAAGAUCAACAACAACAAUAACAAUCUCCAGAGCACCCACACCAAAUUCAUACUCGUUCACCCUCAUCACAUUCAGAAACAGGGCCGCGUUUGGCAUUCUUGGCUCCUCGUUUCUCUUGCUUCCUUAUUCGCCCUCGCAUUCACUCUCACCUUCUUCUACGCCAGAUCCCACACCCAAACAGCCCCUGUCCCCGCCGUCACGCCACCGGCGGCCGCCCUUCCGAAAUGGGUGGCGAGGGCACUCGUCCACUACGCCUCCGAGUCCAACGGCACCGACCGGAUGCCGUACGCCGACAUCAAGCGGGUCUCCGACGUGCUCCGGCAGUGCUCGCCGCCGCCGUGCAACCUCCUCGUCUUCGGCCUCACCCACGAGACCCUCCUAUGGCAAGCCCUCAACAGCAACGGCAGAACGGUGUUCGUCGACGAGAACCGGUACUACGCCGCCUACUUCGAGGAGAAGUACCCGGACAUCGAGGUCUACGACGUCCAGUACACGACGAGACUGAGCGAGAUCGACGGGCUGAUGUCCGCCGUCAGACGGCAGUCCCGGAACGAGUGCCGGCCGGUGCAGAAUCUUCUCUUCUCGGAGUGCAAGCUGGGGCUGAACGAUCUUCCAAACAGCCUGUACGAGGUGGAUUGGGAUGUGAUCCUGGUGGACGGGCCGCGGGGGUUUUGGCCGGAGGCGCCGGGGAGGAUGUCGGCGAUCUUCACCGCCGGGGUGCUGGGCCGGAGCAAGAAAGGGGGGAAGCCGAAGACGCACGUGCUGGUGCACGAUUACAACCGGAGAGUGGAGAUGAUGGUGAGUGAGGAGUUCCUGUGCAGGGAGAAUCUGGUGAAGUGGUCGGAGGGGAUGAUGAUUGGGCAUUUUGUGUUGGAGAAGAUGGAUCCCAACUCCUUUGAAUUCUGUCGCGGCCAUAACUCAACAUAGAUCGGCCCAUCAUGAUCCAGUGCUGCAAAUCCGGCCAUGAUCGUCUUCUCUAGACUAGUUGUGCAUCGUAUGGAUUUAUUAUGCUACACUAGUUGGUUUCUUUGUGUCCAAAGUUCCCAUAUAACCAACCAUUGGCCACCACUUCACUCGAAUGUCCCUUCGGAAUCAUCUCCAACUAGUCAAUCAACGACGCCUCAAGCCUUGAACUUCCUCCUAGUACCUCUCGGCCCUUGACUCGUUAAUCAAUUUUGACGUAUAAU